CCAUUUUAAAAUUCUCCCUAAAAAGAUAAAAUAAAUAAAAACAAGAGGAGCACCCCUAAGAUGGUACUCCAUUUAAGAUCUCUAAUGUAGACCCCGGGAGGAGGACCCGGCUGUUAAAAAAAGAUGGCAUCGUGGUCAGUGAGGUUAUAUAUAAAUGGCAGAAGCCAAUGCAUUCCCCACAUCUAAGAAGCCAAAGACACAAAAAUUCCAUUGGUCCAUUCGCAAGAGCACCACCAACAGCAACAGCAACAGCAGCAGCAGCAGAAGAAGACGAAGAUGAGGAAGGCCUCGUCGCUGUCGGAGCUGGGGUUCAACGCUGACGGUGCGUCGUCGGGCUUCUUCCGCCCCGUGGCCGACGCCGCGUCCACGCUGACGUCGCACCGCCGUCGUCUGACCAAGGUGUCGGUCAUCGGCGUGGGCAACGUGGGAAUGGCGAUCGCGCAGACCAUCCUCACGCGCGACAUCGCGGACGAGAUCACGCUGGUGGACGCGCUCCCGGACAAGCUCCGGGGGGAGAUGCUGGACCUGCAGCACGCGGCGGCGUUCCUGCCGCGCACGCGCCUGGUGUCGGACACGGACCUGGCCGUGACCAAGGGCUCCGACCUCGCCAUCGUCACUGCUGGCGCCCGGCAGAUCCCUGGGGAGACCCGGCUGAACCUGCUGCAGAGGAACGUGGCGCUGUUCAGGAAGAUCGUGCCGGCUCUAGCGGAGCACUCGCCGGAUGCGCUACUUCUCAUCGUCUCCAACCCCGUGGACAUUUUGACGUACGUGGCGUGGAAGCUGUCAGGGUUCCCGGUCAACCGCGUCAUCGGCUCCGGCACCAACCUCGACUCGUCCAGGUUCCGGUUCCUCCUCGCGGAGCACCUCGACGUUAACGCGCAGGACGUGCAGGCGUACAUGAUGGGCGAGCACGGUGACAGCUCGGUUGCGGUGUGGUCGAGCGUCAGCGUGGCGGGGAUGCCGGUGCUCAAGUCGCUGCAGGAGAGCCACCGCUGCUUCGACGAGGAGGCGCUCGAGGGCAUCCGCCGCGCCGUCGUCGACAGCGCCUACGAAGUCAUCAGCCUCAAGGGCUACACGUCCUGGGCCAUCGGCUACUCCGUCGCCAGCCUCGUCGCCUCCCUCCUCCGCGACCAGCGCCGCAUCCACCCCGUGUCUGUGCUCGCCAGCGGAUUCCACGGCAUCCCGGCAGAAAACGAGGUGUUCCUCAGCCUCCCCGCCAGGCUCGGCCGCGGCGGCGUCCUCGGCGUCGCCGAGAUGGACCUCACCGAGGAGGAGGCCAAGAGGCUUCGCCGCUCGGCCAAGACACUCUGGGAGAACUGCCAGCUCCUCGGCCUCUGAUUAAUCACACUACUUCACUUCCCUACUGAAUAUUGAUCGAUCGUGAGCUGACAAGUGCAUGAUGGAAUCUACGUGUUGCUGUUCAAAUAAAAUCUAAAUGCACUGCUGGUAGUAUUUGUUUAAUAUAUUUUGGUUCGUUGUGUCGUCUCAUCAUCGCUCUCCACUCAUCGAUGAUGUGGUCAGCCUUUAAUUUUAUUUCAUUCUAUAUUUUGAAGCAGCUGGAUCGAUA